CAUGGAUCUUGGGUUCUUGGCGAGCCAUCAACAUCAUAGCUGAACGACUUUGACCGAACUAAGCCGAUAGUAGCUAUAGCGAAGCAAUGAGCCUGAUUUCUCCAAGAAAUUUGAGCGGUCGGGAGAUAUCAACGCACCUAUAGGAUUCAUGCCAAGCUUAUAGCCUCUCUAGUCUAGCCCCUGUGCUUCAAGGACCGAGUUCAGCAUGGCUGAGAGUUAAAUGGCGAUGCAUGCCCACCGUGAGAAUGAUGUGUAUGUCCAAAAUCAUGCAUGGACAUACGCAGCACCUAAGAUCAUGCAGCAUCUUGGAGACAACGUUCCUCAAGGACUAGGGCUGAUUGAAAAAUCAUACAUUCCUUUUGAUUUGGAUUACUUGGAAUCUUGUGGCUCUAAUAAUAACAAGGCUUGCGAUGACCAAAGCCUUUGUAAUGAUCUGCAAAACUGUGUGCCCGCGUCCAUGAACUUAUCGAAUAACGGGGGUUUUCCUUUCGUUUGUAACAAUGAAAUAAUCUAUGAUGAAUAUUCGGUUAUGCCAGAGCACCCUUGGUGUCCUGCAGCUGCACCGCCGAUCAUUAAAACCCCGGAGCUGUCUGACGGCUCCCAGGGUACGCACAACAGUGCGGAAGUAUACCAGGAGUCGCAAAGUCUAUCCCCAAAUUCUAUUGAUUUAUUGACUCCUACUCCGGAAGAUGAAUGCAAUCCAGAGGAAUCACCCGAAUCCGGGCUCACCUGUAAAGCCAUGACCCGAAGACAAAAGAUCAGACACAGUCAGAGCGAAAGACGGUACCGUCGAAAGCUCGAGGCCAGGUUUUCACAACUUGAAGAUGUCGUGAGCCAGUGCCACGAUGAAAACAGCAAGGCUGGCUGCAAGACGUCCAAAAGGCUGCAGAGAGUGCAAUUACUCGGGAUGGCUCGUCUGAAUAUUUUGGAACUUCAAAGGGAAGUCAUGUCUUUGAAGAGGAAGCUGCAGAUUCUACGUGAGGCUACUAUGCCCGAUACCUGCAGAUUCACGCUCCAGUCUGAGGCGACCUAACAUUUGGAGUUUUUAUUCGCUUGAUCUGUCAUGUUGUGAGAUGAUAUGAAAAUAUUGCUCUAAGUCACUGCCCUGCUUAUGUCUUUUAUACACUAGUAGGCUCUGGUAUCUGUCGG